AGCACUGAAGGACUGAGUCAGCAGACAUCAGGAGGGACCUAGCUGUGUGGGUUGUUAAGAGCCAAGUAGACAGACCAGUCUGGCUAUAGGAGCGAGGAAACCAGUGUGGUGAGAAACCAGCUCUUUGAGUCUUUACUUUCAUCACAUCAUGACCCGUUCACUUUUGUGUCUGCUGUCUCUAUAAAGGAAACCUAACAUGCAGCAAAGCCGAAAGCUUAAGUGAAGAAACAAGACUGCAGAGAACCAUUUGACUGAAAUCCAGCAAAAUGAACGCCAUCUUGGUAGCCAUCUUGAUUCUGUUGGUGACUCUUCAGUGUGUGGAGUCACAGAAGUGCAGCACAAGAUGUCGCUCCUGUUUCAACAACAUCGCCGACUGUUCACAGAAAUCUCUCGUCAACCCCCCAAAAGAUUUCCCAGCCGACACUCGAAUAAUAAUCAUGGACCGCAACUUUCUGCGUGUUUUUGGCAGACGUUCGUUUCAAAUCCUGAAGAGCGUGGAGGUCUUGAAAGCUUCUGGAAACAGAAUAAGAGUGAUCCGGACACACGCCUUCAAGAACCUGCCAUCAGUAAUGACCAUAGAUCUAACGAGUAACAAGAUCUCAAAGAUCUACCCGCGGGCGUUUGAGGGUAUAAAGCAUGUGAAGACCCUGACUCUGUCCAACAACAAACUCAAGGAAAUCUCCAACAUCUUCGACAAGAUGCCGACACUCAACACGCUCAAUCUAGCCUUCAAUGUGAUCGUGAGAAUUUCCAGUUCUGACUUCAUCAACAACACGCAGCUGCACUACCUUGACCUGAGGAACAACAAGAUCACGCACAUCGACCCCGAAGCUUUCGAGACCCUCGUGAAGCUCCGAUACCUGUUCCUCAACAACAACCCCCUAGUGGAGCUCCCCGACAUGCAGUUUGGCAGCAUGGUUCUGCAGCUGGUGGACUUCUCAAACUGCAAACUGACAGCCGUUCCCAAGACCUUUCCGCCGGCUGUCCGAGACCUCCGGCUGGUCAACAACAAGAUUCAGCGAAUCAAUAACACGGACUUCGUAAACAUCACCAACCUGAAGCUGCUGGCUCUGAACAGCAACAAGAUCAGGACAAUUGGCUACAAGGCCUUCAGCCACCUGGAGAACCUACAGGAGAUUUGGCUGAGAGACAACAAGCUGGCAAACAUCCCGUACGGCUUGCCAGACAAUCUGAGGAAGCUGUACAUAGACUCAAACAUCAUCUACGAGAUUGAGAACAACCUGUUUGGCAACGAUUCCAAGCUGGACUACCUCACGGUGCAAGGCAACAGACUCACCAAGAUUGACAGCAAUGCCUUCCGGGGCCUCAAGUUCCUCAAAUAUCUCAACCUACAAGGAAACAGGCUCAAAGUGAUCAAAGAAAGAACGUUUGUAGAUCUGAAAAACCUCUCCACUCUGACCAUAUCGAGCAACCCUAUUGAGGAAAUAGAACUCGGUGCGUUCAAGAACCUGAAAAACCUCACCUUUCUGCACAUGUCUUACAUAACAAGUGAGAAAUUCAAUCUGAAGGACAAUUUUCUUACAGCGAUGCCAAAUCUGCAGAAACUGGACCUCAUGAACAGUCCUAAGCUUGCUCAGAGUCUCAUGACCAUCAUUGCUGACACGUUCCCCAUGAAGAAGCUCAAAGAAGUGGUUUUGACCUACAACGACCUUCAGAGUCUACCGGCAGAGCUGAAGAACGUCUUCCCCGAGGUGCAGGCCGUAACAGUUGAUGGAAACAUGCUUGUGUGUGACAAGCGUCUGCUGUGGCUCAACAAGUGGAUGAAAUCAUCAGACGUCAAGUUUUUCUCCUACGAACCACCUCAAUGUGCCAUGCCUUAUGAGGUCAAAGGUCAGCUUAUUAAAGAUCUACCAGAAGAACAGUUUUCUAAAGUAGUUGAGGAGGAACGACCUUCACUUGAUUAUGCUGCUUUUGCAGCUGCUAUGAAGGCAAAGGAUACCUUAAAGGAAGAAAAUUGGGACGAUAGUGGAGUGGAAGACACAGAAGAAAUCAUUAAGAAGAAGAAAACAAUCACUUCAUCUUCUAAAGACAAAUCUGGCAAAGAGAAAAAUGAUGAACCUACACAGAUUAGCAUCACCACUGAAGCCAGAGCCAUGAAAACAUCACCAACAUCACAACCAUCACCAACAACUAUGACCACAGCAGCAAGAACAACGACAGUUUCCUUAACAACUGCUCCCAGAAAGGGGAGACGACCGUGGUCAAUUCCCAUCAGGGGCCGGCGGCGGAGAUUACACCGCAGAAAGAGGCCGAAACGACACCACAAAAAUAAAGAUGGCAGAAAGGGAAAACGUCGCAACAGAAGCAGAGAUGGGAAGAAAAGGAAGAGGAGGAGGAGGAAUCGUUGUAGUGAUCAGGAUGGAAACGGAAGGAAAAUGAGCAAGAGAUGCAGGAAAAGGCUGCGAGCUCAGAAAUCUGUAGUGACACCAAUCUUGAACGAACCAUAAAGUUUAUAAUCGAUGGAAAAGUUAUCUGCAGAUUUCUGGAUGUUCAUUUACCGUUUGAAAAGUUGGAGACCGUUUCAGAGAAAAGCAGCCGGCUAUAUUUACGGAGCACAGAGAGCCUGAAAAAGUAGCCAGUACACCUUGUUCAUGUACAGAACUGUGAACGUAUAAAAUUACUUGACGAAACAAAGAAUUCAUGAAUCUACUUUUGAGAAAUGUAUAAAUUAGUGCAUCUGUGUUCUUCCCAAAGAAGUAAAAAAAAAGAAGAAAAAAGCUCAUUCAAAACAUUUUACUUCGUAGUAGAGUCUACUUUGCAUUAAGUGGCUACAGAAUACCCUAGGAUGUUUAAGUGAAAUUAGCCAUUUAUAACAAUCGGAGACAAUGGAAUAUUCGAACCAAUUGUUGAUACUUGCAUAUUUCAACAAUCUGUGUUUUAUAUACUAGUAUAUAUAUAUAUCUGUAUAGUGUUAUUUGCUUUAGGCAGCUAGAUGUGUGCCAUAUAUGUAGGAUAUAACUUUUUUUUAAAGUAAAACAUAUCAAAGAA